UUAUCGUUCUGACGUGUGCCUUUACCCAUGACAAGAGUUCGGAAUCCUUCUUGACUCCCAGGGAAACAAAUUUGCUAAACUUUACCUAUCAGGUGAAAUUAACAACAGGUGGAAAGAUGUCAGAGCCCACCAAGCAAGAUAUUUCCACAAUUUUCAAACGACUACGUUCCCUUUCUACGAAUAAGGCGUGCUUUGACUGUUCAGCUAAGAAUCCUAGUUGGGCCAGUAUCACCUAUGGAGUGUUUCUCUGUAUAGACUGCUCAGGAACACACAGGUCAUUAGGAGUGCACCUGUCAUUCAUCAGGUCUACUGAGUUGGACUCUAACUGGUCCUGGUACCAGGUGCGAUGCAUGCAGGUGGGCGGCAACGCCAGCGCGAAUGCCUUCUUUGCCCAGCAAGGCUGCACGUCCAAUGCCGCCAACACCAAGUACAACAGCCGAGCCGCUGCGCUAUACCGCGAGAAGAUCAAGAUCUCGGCCACGCAGGCCACAAGGCGCUUCGGCACUGAGUUGUGGCUGGACAGCCAGGCCCCACUCUCUCCAACAUCUCCCGUCAAUAAGGAGGAGGAUUUCUUCAGUAUGCACACACAGCAGGCAUUCCCUGAUGAUCGUAGCUCCGCCCAGCCUAAUAUAACAAGCUCAGCCCAGAUGAAUCUAAGCCCCGCCCCAGUAGAGGAACCAUCUACAAAAGAAACCGAGAGAGACAAAAACGGUAAUACAGAGGGUCCCAGUGUUGACGUGCUAAGUGUGUCUCCUAAAGAAUCCUUAGAGUCCUCCUCUCUUCUCAAGAAGAAACCAGCAGGGGCCAAGAAAACCUUGGGCGCUAAGAAAGGUGGUCUUGGGGGUAAGAAGGUGAGCAAACAGAGUUUCUGUGACCUGGAGAAGAAAGCACAGGCAGUCGACAAAAUCAAUGAGAGAGAUACAGCACCCACCACCAAGAACAGCCCCCAACCAGCAGGGGAAUCCAUUGGUGCCUCCAUGAGACUGGCCUAUAAGGAUCUGGAGGAGCAGCAGAGGAGUAACAGAGAGAAGAUGAAGGGGAUGGGGGAGAAGAAGAAGGAACAGGCUGAGAGACUGGGCAUGGGCUUUGGCAGCAGGAGUGGAGUGUCACACUCUGUGCUGUCAGACAUGCACACCAUCCAGCAGGAGAGCCCAGUGGGGUCCAAGCAGCCCACUAAGAGCCGGAGGUACACAGAGAAGGAGGAAGAGGAGACCGACGAAGGCUCCUUCACAUCCAGGAUGUCGAUGACCAGUUCAAUGACCAAGUUUGAUGACCCGACAGAAUCCUCUGACAAGUUCUUCUCCAAUUGGAACGAGACUGGGGAGUCUGGCUGGAGGAAAGAGAGCAAGGAGCCAGACUUCUACCUGAGCACCAAGAGUUCUUCACAGGACGACAGGACUGCAGCCCGGCGGAAAGCAGACCCAGUCCCUGUAUCGGACUCAGGCGAAGCCCGCAAGAAGUUUGGGGAUGUCAAGGCCAUCUCCUCUGACAUGUACUUUGGCAAGCAGGACGACUCUGAGUACGAGGCGAAGACUCGCCUGGAGAGGUUCUCUGGGAGCAACUCCAUCAGCUCAGCUGACCUGUUUGAUGACCCAAAGAAACAGACUGCCAGCUCAUAUCGUCUGACCAACAUCCUGCCCAGUGCUCCAGACAUGUCCCAGCUGAAGCUGGGAGUCCGCUCUGCGGCUGGGAGGCUGUCGGUCAUGGCCAGUGGAGUAGUCACGUCCAUUCAGGACCACUACAGUACGUGAGUCCUGUGUUAGGACACACAAUCUCUUAGGUCCCCUGGGUAUUGGAGUCGGUAAACAUCCUGACGAGCGAUGGACACAUACCAAGUUCAUAUAUAUAAAAAAAAUAUGUAUGUGCGUGUGUAUAUAGCAGCUAUUUGAAUAAAAACGACAUUAUCUACAUUGGAGUUAUGUCGAAACAACGUCCUCUAUGAGGUAGAUGUAUGAAGAAAAUGCUUUUCAUUUCAUUACGAAGAACACUUAUUUCCGCAGCUUAUUAUUUAAUUUGUCUCCAGGCCUUUGGUUUUGAUUAUUUAAAGAUGUUUAUAUCAGUGGUAUCCAAAAUACAUUUUUUGUUAUUAUACAUUAUGGUUGUAAUUGAGGGUGACUUAGGUUUUGUGUUCCUUUUCUGCUGUGCAAUUGUUAUUGAAUCAUAUUCCAUCUUGGUCACCUUGGUUUUUAUGUAGCUAUUUGCAAUGAAGGUAUGUUCUGGUAGCGUGACAGCUAGUUUUUUUCUACAUGCAGUAUAUAAAUCAUUUAGUUAAUUAAUCUGAUGGGUAUUGUUUUAAUUACCUGCCAAAUGCAGAGAGAUGUUGCCAUGUAGGAUACAUGUCUUAAAUUUUAGGGUGCCAUCAAACCAAAAUGCCUGCAACGUGUUUUGCAUGUGCCGAUUCAGGGUUGUCAACUGAAUUUGUGUUUGGGGGGGGGUGAAGUGGAGAACCAUUGUUAGGUUUUACAUUGGAUGACAGAUCCCUAGUCAGGAUGGGGUGCAACAAAAAAGGUCCCCAUCUCAUCUGUUGGACAUGGUAGUGUAAAUCCGCCAUUUCAGUAACUUGUAUCCACCUGUACACUGCUCUCUGAAAAAAGGUGUCUGCUGUGGUUUUGAAGCAUUGGUUGCAUUGGUUUGAAAGUGCCCUUAGACUUAGAAGUGUACUUACGUCUAUCACUCACUUGGGUCACUUGACUGAAGGACCAAAUACUCACAGGGAUUUCUUUGUGUUGUCAUUGUGUAAUAUAUAAUGUUGUGUGUGUGUAGACACACUGUGGUAGGAUACGGUCCUAUACAGUGUAGCGUGAUCUGGUCUGCCUCUCAGCAGCCAACAUAUUCUCCAUACUACUCUUGGCUAUCAGUUCAGAUGAAUGAAAGGAGUAGUAUCUUAAUGUACUGUCCCAAUACUCUCAAAGGCUGCGUUUAGACAGGCAGCGCAAUUCUGAUCUUUCUUUUUUUCUUUCACUCAUUUUUAUUUAGACCAAUCAAAUCUGAAAAAGAUCUAAUGUGAAAAGAUCUGUGUAAAAAAAGAUCAGAAUUGGGCUGCCUGCCUAAACGCAGCCAAAUAACCUGUUCUAUUUUCUGUGACUACAUUCCUCUAUGAGAGGAACACAGGACACCCAUCCAAUAAUUUCACCCUUCUGUGGCUGUGAAGGAAAGGAGACAAGGAAAGGAACUCAUGCAAGAGAAAUGGGACGUGGCCCUCUAUGUGAUCAAGGACCCAUUGGCUGCCCUUGCAAGGGCCUGACUCAUGUCAACAACAGUUGCACUAUGUUUUUAGUGAAGGGUAACCUCUAACCCUUUGCUGAGCAGAUUCAUUGUAAAUUACCUCUGAACUGUACCUUGCAGAGAAUAUUUAGGGUGGUUAGAGUAUAUUUUACACACUGGGUAUAUGUGGGUUAUAUUUUGGGGGUUUAUGUAUGGUGUGGUUUUGUUCUUUUGAGUUGAUUGGCUAGAAGUCUAACUGGACGUUGCUGGAGGUAUUUGUGGCUACCUAGUACCACCUACCUAACUCCUUGACCAUUUUAUGCACCAUAUUUUUCUCAUUUUGAUCCUUACUAAUUCCAACUCUGAGUUGAGAUUUAACACUGAAGUCAAAUAUAUUUAAUUAAGAUGUAACGUUACCCAUUUGAAUCUGGAUUUUGUAUAGUGUGUAAUUCAGUGACCAACCAGGGCUUUUGUUCAAUCUCUUCUACUGUAAUCCAAAGAAUUAGGAUACAUGUGCAUAUGCCCUAAAAAUGUAAAUUAUGGGAAGAUCUAGUUACUUUUUGGGUAUUUUUAUUAGAACCUGCAAGUUUUUUUUUAAAAUGUUGCUUGAAAGUACAUUUAUAGUAUAGCGCCUGAAGCUCUGCAUCUGAUUUCGAAUCUCUUUGUUUACCAACAAAUACAUCUAUAGACAUGAGCUCUUUAGAAAUCCAUUCAAUUUGUGUAAUCAAGGUGUGUAUCAUUUUUAGCUGAUGUGUAUAAGAAACUUUGCUUUAGAAUAAAAAAUAUACUGGA